AAAGUGACGCUGACACACUCACACACAAGCCAGAGCCGAGAAGGGGGAAUAGCGUUUUGUUUCUUUUUUUCUUUAAUUUGUGUCCUUUUAUUCUUUGGGCUUUUGUUGUUAUUUAGCUGUAUUCCUAUAACGGAUUCGAUUACUUUGCUGAUCAGCGCUUGCUAUCUGUCGUUAAUGUUAAUGCCGCUCUUCCCUCACGCGGCGCUAUUUUGACAGUCGGGGUCGCAGUGAACCAACUCAAGCUAGCAGCACCAUUAUAUUAGCAUCGACACAACUUCAAGGAUUCUCCACACAGACUCUCGACAUACGGCCAGCAAACGGGCUCCUGACUGAACAACAGACCAUGCUGCUGCACUGAGCCAGAGGGAGAGAGGAGAGAGGCCCCAGAGGACGGCUGAGGUGGUGCUUGGCCUGUUGGUGCACCCCUCCUCCUUGUCUGACUGGCUAACUACUGCCCCUUCAGUACACCUGAUUGCUCCCCACCUUCAAAGCUAAGGCUUGCUAUGGACUGUGCUUCACCCCCUGCUGCAGUCCAGCCCAGUACACUACCUUAGUGGGUUCCCCUCUUCCUCCGGUGUGUGGCUCCUGUCCAUACUGUGGACAGAGACCAGCACUGAUCUGAGACCACCUACAGCCACUCCUGGGUUCUUUACCCAACCCCCUCCCCAUUUCCCACCCUCUCCCCCUCCCCUAAGAAGAUGUCAGUGAGCCUGACAGCAGACAUCCAGCAGGAGGGAGAGAGUGGGCCACUCAUUGAGCCCUGUAGUCGAGGCAAGACCUCCCCUCAACCACAGGGCACCAAGGAAGUUACAGGAGAGGGCCUGGAGUCUGAAGAAAGUGCUCCACAGGAUGCACAGAAACGAGCUCCUAACCACAGCCAUGGAAGGAAAAGGGCCAAAUCUAAUGCCAAACUGAAGCUGGUACGGAGCCUUGCAGUAUGUGAGGAGUCCUCUGGUCCAUUUUCUAAUGAUGGACCUCCAGAAUCGGAUAUCAUCCAGCUUCACAUCAGCUGUCCAUCAGACAAAGAAGAGGAGAAGUCCUCAAAAGAUGAGUAUGAAAAUGAAGAAAAGGAAAAGAAGGACAAGACUCCACGAAAGAUGUUGUCACGUGACUCCAGUCAGGAAUACACUGACUCCACGGGCAUCGAUGUUCAUGAGUUUCUGGUCAACACACUGAAAAAUAAUCCCAGGGAUCGAAUGAUGCUGCUUAAACUAGAACAAGAUAUCCUGGAGUUCAUUAAUGACGACAAUAAUCAAUAUAAAAAGUUUCCUCAAAUGACAUCUUAUCACCGAAUGCUGCUGCACCGAGUGGCUGCCUACUUUGGCAUGGACCACAACGUAGAUCAGACAGGAAAAGCCGUCAUCAUCAACAAGACCGGCAACACACGAAUCCCAGAGCAAAGGUUCUCUGAACACAUUAAGGAUGAACGUAACAUGGACUUCCAGAAGAAAUUUAUCCUCAAAAGAGAUGAUGCCAGCAUGGACAAAGAUGAUAAUCAGAUUCGUGUGCCACUGCAGGACGGGCGGCGUAGCAAGUCUAUUGAGGAGCGAGAGGAAGAGUAUCAGCGGGUACGAGACCGGAUCUUUGCCCGAGAAGUGUCCUUUUUUUUACAGUCCUCUCAAAACGGAUAUAUCAACGACAACAGACUUUCCACUGAGGGCUACUGCUCUAGCUCUCAAAAGAGGAGGCAGAUCUUUAGAGGAAACCGUGAGAGCUCCAGCCGAGCGUCCAGCAGUCGUCAAAGCAGCACAGACAGUGACAUGAAGUGCCUGGAGCCACGGCCCUGGAGCAGCACGGAUUCAGAUAGCUCCAACCGCACCCUCCGGCCACCCGUCACUAAAGCCAGCAGCUUCUCUGGCAUCUCCAUCCUCACCAGAGGGGAUAGCCUUGGCAGCAACAAAGGUUCACAAGGGAGCUGUAAAGGCUCUCGCUCUGGCCUGCCCCUAGUCAGUCCUGAUGUGUGUCCCCCACCCGCAGCCUCCCAGUCCAGCCGUAGUUUGCUUCCCUGCCCAUCUCAACAGCCACAGCAACCACAGCCACAGCCACCGGCCCCGCCUCAGACUGCCCUGCUGCCCACCCCACAGCAACAUCCCAUGAGCAACCACAUGAUCGCUCAGCCGGUGGCAUCUCUGCAGCCCUCUCAGCCUGUCUCCUACUCCAGCCCUUCCUGCCCCCAGGUUCUCCUGCCAGUUUCUCCUCCCCAGCAGUACACAAUGGGAGAAGAGCUGGCGCCCCAGUUCAGCCAGAUGACACUGAGUCGGCAGGGAUCCAGUGAGAACCCUGAGCCUCCCCCUAUGUAUCAGGCUCCACCUACUGUGCUGUCCCAGCACCCUCCACCUCAGACCGGCUACAUCAUGGCUACCACCGGUCAGCCUAUGCCUCCUCCAUCUGGCUACCAGCCUGCCACUGGACACCCCCAUCCUCCACCUCCACCACCUCCUCCAUCCCAGCCUGUCAUGCAAGCUCCACCACCUCCGCAAGGCUACAUGCAGCCCCCUCCACCCCAACAGAUACAGGUGUCAUACUACCCUCCUGGUCAGUAUCCCAGCUCAGGCCAGCAGUAUCGUGUGCCCCAGCCCAUGUCCCACCAGGUGUCUUAUCCAGCCCAGCGCACACAACCCAUGCCUCAGCCCACGCAGCAAUCAGGUCUUCAGACCAUGAUGCCGAGCCAGCAGCCAAGUUACCAGGGUAUGAUGGGAGUACAGCAGCCCCAAAACCCAGGACUGCUAAAUUCCCAGAGAGCAGGCAUGGGAGGACAAAUGCAAAGCAUCAUGGUUCAGUACCCACAGAUGCCAUCAUAUCAGGUUCCAGUGGGAAAUGAAAAUCAGCAGGUUGUGCAGCAGCAGUACCAGCAGCAGGUGAUGGUCCCAGUCAGUCAGUCUGUUCAAGGACCCAUGCCUGUCUACUACAGUGUUAUCACUCCCACACAGCAGAAUAGCACAAGCCCCUCAGUAGGUUACCUGCAGCCCCCCAGCUCUGAGCAGUAUCAAAUCACACAAUCACCGUCCCCGUGCAACCCACAACAGUUGCAGCAGCAAUAUUCAGGAGUACCGCCUCCUGGUCCUGGGGUGAUGGUUAUGCAGCUCAGUGUCCCCAACGGACCACAGCCAUCCCAGAAUCCUCCUCUGGUCCAGUGGAACCCUUGCAAGUACUACAGCAUAGAGCAGAGGCCGAGCAAACCUGGAGAACUCUACAAACCUGACAACACUCCACAGGCCAGUACACAACUGACGAGUCCCCUGGCCUCCCCUACUCAGUCUCCCACCCCGUCUCCCUCCGGCAGCGUCAGCAGUGUCUGUCCAGGUCUGGGACCACUACCGCUUAUAUCCCAGUUUCCCCGGCCAGGAGGACCAGCUCAAGGUGAUGGCCGCUACUCUUUGUUGGGGCAGCCUCUCCAGUACAGCCUGUGUCCUCCACCCCUCAUGCAUGGCCAGUCCUCCUACAGCUCUCAUCAGGGCCAAGGAGUUAUGAAACAUGGGGCAAGAGGAAAGAAACAGACACUCAAGUCUGCAUCGACAGACCUCGGCACCACUGAUGUUGUGGUGAGUCGAGUACUGGAGGUAACAGACCUGCCAGAGGGGAUUUCACGUCCAGAGGCUGAAAAGCUCUUCAACCAACUGUCGCUGUGCGGUGCCAAGAUCCAGUGGCUGAAGGAGCCACAGGGAGGCAGAGGGGGAGUGGUAGGCUGCGGCCCCUGUCCCGUCAUGGGACCCCCCGGACCGGGAGCCGUAGCUGGGCCCGGGGUCUGUGCGGGAGGAACCGGAGUUGUGAAAGGUGACGGCAACGACCCUGCUCACCUGUACACAGUAGUGGCGGUAUUUCCCAGCACCAUGGCUGCCCAGAGUGCUUCCUUCAAACUUAACAACAGUGGGGCCAGUCUCUUCAAACUUCGGGCCGCCAAAAAGAACUAUGACCUGCGUGUGCUGGAGAGAGCCAGUUCUCAGUGAAAGGAGAGAGAGGGGGAGGAAAGACGAAAAGUGAAAGAGACAAAAAGAAAGACUCUUGGCAGACUGGGGGAAAAGGAAGGAGGACUGGGGAGGACUGCUCUUAGUGUACAAUUUAAAAACAAAACGACAAAAAAGAAAAAAAAAAUUGAGUUGAUGUGUCAAAUGUAAAAAAGGGAAGAAGGUGUGAAUCAUAAGGUGGCCGGUGUUUGGUUGCAAAAUAUGAUUUUGUUUGUUUUUAUCCAUUGUUUUUUUGUUGUUUUUUUUUUUUUUGUUUUGUUUUUUGUUUUGUAUUUAUAUAGCAGAAGAGCACACAAGACAGCAUGUGUUUCACUGUUGCUGUGAAAUGUGUGCUGCCAUCAUGCAAAAACACACAUACAGAAGAGACAAACACACAUGAAGAUACAUACAAAAACGCAGGCAACAGGGUCACGUAGCACAUAAAUAACAAAAACACACUGGACAGUCGACCUCAGUCAAACCCUUUCCUCCUCUUCCUCCUCCUCCCUUCCUCCUUUUCUUGCUUUUUCUGCUUUCUCUUCUCCCUCAGCGCUCCAUCACCCAAUCUCACGUAUUUAUACAUUUUCAUACGCACAGUUGCGCACUCUCUCUGCUUUCCUCGUCUCUCUUCUGGCCAUGCCUCAUCCUGCCUCCUCUUCUCUGUCCUCUCAUGUACUCUAUCACUGCUCUCUCCUCUCUUGCUUUCUGUUUGCCUUACUGCUGUUGUGGGUUUCUGUAUUGCGCUGUUAUUUUUUUCUUUCUCAGAAGUUUUCUUUCUCUUUUUUUUUUGUUUUUUUGGGGUUCAAUAUAUUUAUAUAAGUGAUGUAAGGAAUAAAAGAAAUCUAUAUAUUCAGUGAUUUUUCUUUCUUUCCCCUGAGUGAAGAAGUUUAGGCCUUCCUUUAUCCUUUACUCCCCUCCCUCUUCAUCCCUCUACCCGUCCUCCAUUCAUUUCCUCCUUACUGCCCUCUACCUCACUUUUUCUGUCCUCUCCUCUCUCCCACAAGUGCCCCUCAUCUCCCCCGUCCCGUCCCGUCCCGUCCCGCCCCCCCACCACUCCACCCCAGACGCCCCCAUUGUGUUUGCGUUUUUUGUUGACAGCUGUGCAGAACGUAUCAGAAAAAGUAGUUAAAGUGCACAAUGAUUGCAUAUGUCUACUGUAAAUUUUAUUUAAUCUGUUAUUUUUUUGUUUGUUUUUAAAAAUAUAAAAGUUGAGGAAAAAUCUAUCAAAACAUU